AUGCGAUCAAAGUUCAAGGACGAGCAUCCCUUCGAGAAGCGUAAGGCCGAAGCUGAGCGCAUCCGCCAGAAGUACAACGACCGCAUUCCGGUCAUUUGCGAGAAGGUCGAGAAGUCUGACAUUGCGACCAUCGACAAGAAGAAAUACCUCGUACCAUCAGAUCUCACAGUUGGACAGUUCGUCUACGUGAUUCGCAAGCGCAUCAAGCUCUCACCAGAGAAGGCCAUCUUCAUCUUCGUGGAUGAAGUCUUACCACCCACAGCCGCACUCAUGAGCAGCAUAUAUGAGGAACAUAAGGACGAAGAUGGAUUCCUCUACAUCACAUACUCCGGCGAGAACACAUUCGGCGAAGCUCUAUAA